AUGAAGGGAGCACUGCUUGUGCUGGCCUUGCUGGUGACCAGAGAGCUGACCUUUGAGAUGGCGGAAGCUUGCCCUGCAUUUUAUGGAGUGGUUAGCAGUAUUGCCCUUGGAAGCAGGACACUGUUGGACCUAUCCCUUGAUUUUGUCGGUGCUACUCAACCGGAAAAAGCAGCCACACGAAAAAUCCAGGAUUGCUACAAUCAGUUGACAUUGGUGGACAAGCCCAAGCCUCUGCAAGUCAUGUUUGCCAUCCUCUUGCAGCUAUGCACUUCCCACGGUGAUAGAUGGAUGACGGGCUAG